AUGGAAGAACGUUGGAAGCCGUUGGACGUCGCUGUUAUCGAGGGCGGCAUCGGCGGUCUCGCGGCGGCAACAUCUCUCCGUCGAGCAGGCCACAACGUGACCAUAUAUGAGCAAGCCCACUACGCCGGAGAAGUCGGGGCCUCGAUCAGUUGUGCUGCUAACGGCACCCGGUGGCUGGAAGAAUGGAACGUCGACAUCUCCAUCGGCAAGACAGUGGUGUUGCAGAAUCUGAUCUGCCACGAUUGGAAGACUGGUGAAGUACAGAGCGUCUAUGAUCUGUCAGACUACAAGGACUAA